GUAAUAACAUAAAUGAUACAAGUGAAAAUCUGAGUCAUAAUGCAAAUGAUAUAGAUGGAAAUUUAGAUAAUGUGACAUACUCAUCUUCAUCUGAGUUAGCAAAUAUAAUCUCAGCUCUUAAUAUAUCUGCAUCACAAAAUAACAGUAAUUUAAGGUAG